AGAGCGACGAAAACGACUCCCGGAAUCGGUCUGCUGCUUGGCGGCGGGCGUUAUAAAGAAGAUGGCACGCCGCCGAUCGCCACUCAGGCACGAUCCGCACCGCGACCACCGCGGCCACCACACUGCAGGAUGACGCUGCCAUGGACAGUGGCGUUAGUUGCGAUGGUGGUGAUGUCGGGCGUGCAGCACGCCGUGCACGGGGGCCUGCCGGGCCUGGCGCUGCCGGCCUGGGCGUGCGACUUCGCCCCCAGCGACCUCGAGACCCUCAACGAGCUCGGCGUCAACCUCACCGAUGUCGAGAAGGACCUGCAGGACCUCAAGGAGCGCAAGCAGGACGCGCCGCGCACCGCGGCCGAGCGCCUGCGGCAGAACCUCACCUCGGCCGCGCGACGCUUCAUGGACCCGGCCGCCUUCAUGACCACGCCCGAGCUGAUCGCCAGGGAGGGCUACCCGGUGGAGGUGCACAAGGUGGAGACGGACGACGGCUACAUCCUGGAGCUGCACCGCAUCCCCAUGAAGGACUCCAAGAAGCCCCCCGUCUACCUGCAGCACGGCAUCCUCUGCUCGUCCUCCGACUGGGUCAUCGCGGGGCCGGAGAAGGGUCUAGCCUACAUCCUCCACCGCCUCGGCUACGACGUGUGGAUGGGAAACUUCCGCGGCAACCGCUACUCGCGGCGCCACCGGGACCUGGACAACAUGGACCCCGACCGCAACGUGCGCCAGUUCUGGGACUUCAGCUUCCACGAGAAGGGCGUGUACGACUUGCCCGCCUGCAUCGACGCCAUCCUGGAGCACACGGGCCACUCCGACCUGCUGUACGUCGGCCACUCCAUGGGCACCACGGCCUUCUUCGUCAUGCUGAGCGAGCGGCCCGCCUACAACGUCAAGGUGCGCGCCAUGAGCGCGCUCGCCCCCGUCUCCGUCAUGACUCAGGUUCAGUCUCCUCUGCUCAGGGUGGCGGCCUUGCUAAGCACGCCGCUCGGCGCCGCGGCUAACCUGGUGGGCAUCCGGGAGUUCCUGCCCAACAACCUGCUGCUCACCCUGGCCGGCCAGGUGCUGUGCAGGGAGAAGGCCAUCGUGCAGUCCCUCUGCUACAACAUCAUGUUCCUCUGCACCGGCUUCAACUCGCCGCAGCUCAACCUCACGCUGCUGCCCACGCUGCUGGCGCACAUGCCGGCGGGCGCGUCCGUCAAGACGCUGCUGCACUUCGGGCAGCUCAUCAAGAGCAAGGCGUUCCGGCGCUACGACUACGGCAUGCUGCGCAACAUGUGGCACUACGGGUCGCUGCAGCCGCCCGCCUACAACCUGGGCAACGUUCGCGUGCCCGUGAGCGUGCACUACAGCGACAACGACUGGGUGGCCGGCCCCGCCGACGUCAUCAACCUCUACAACUCGCUGCCCAACCGCAUGGGCCGCCACCGCGUGCGCCUGGCCCAGUUCAACCACGUCGACUUCCUGUGGGGCGUGGACGCGCCCUCGCUCGUCUACGACACCGUCACCGAGAUCCUCGAGUCGCAGGCCGCGCGCCACCCCAACCGGCGCUGAGGCUUGCACCAAGGCCACGAAGCGUCGCGUCCUAGCACAGUGGGCCAGAAGACCGGUGGAGGCGGCCGAAACUCUACACGCGUUUUGAGCACCAGAGUCGCUAAAUGGGACUCGAACCGAACGUGUGACCCCACCAAUGGAUUGCUCUCCGAACGAGAAGGCCAUUUCGUGGGUUCACACUUUCGGUUCGAGUCUUGUUAAGUGGCUCUGGAGCUCAAAACAUUUUGGAGUUCUGGCCGACGGCACCGGUCAUCUAGCCCACUGUGCGCAGUGAAACCAAGAAGUGUGGAGACCGGAAACUCUCUGCACUUCCAAGUAUGGAGUCUGCGAUGUUGCUCCCCACCAGGAAGCGAGGAGUUAUCCACACUUGGCUUCACAGCGUCCCAAUAACACGAGGGUAUUGUAAAAUCUACAAAGAAAGUCUUCGUGCUAUGAAUCUAGAUCCUUCGUAAUCCGAAGCAAUUCCGCAAGGCCUUCACUUUCUUUCUAAGGACGAAGCAGAUGCGUCGUGGCUUCUUUUUGAAGUGCGGUGGAACGGCACCUGUACAAGCGGUUUACUUUAAUUUAGUGUUUCGAUUAAGUUUGGCCAAGUCUGGGCGUGAAGGGGGAGUGGGACCCCACUUGCCAAGAACCUCUCAUGAUCUCCAGCAGCAACCGCGCGACGGCACGUUGCUGUGGGGACCACACUAGUCAAGUUUGGCUGUGCCGCCUGACAGAGGCCCCAUUUCGUGGUCGCGAGGUUGAGCAACUCGGUGCUAGAAAUAAUUUUAGAAGGACGAGCCCAGGGCUGUACGCUGCCUGAGUCCUUUCGACUCGUGCCGCUCUCUCCUAGCAAAAAAUGCCUUUGUAAAAUAUUAUUUAUGAUUGUAUAAAGAUGUAAAUAUGUAAAUAGAUAUUUAUGAGUGAACCAAUACUAGUGAUGUAAACGUUUUCUAUUGAAAAGACUUCUUAUUCUGUCUCGUUGGAUUAGCGUCCAGUCCUUUUCAGUAUUUAUACAAAUUACUUUCCACGCAUACUGUUCGUGCACUUGCUGGGAACGUUUGUCUGCUCGCAUUUUUUUUUUGACGGAAUAAACAGUUUCUGCCUGAA